CCUCCCCAUUUGCACACCACCAUCUACCUGCUAUUCCUACACUGCUCGAAAACUCAAAUCCUUGCAGACACUAGUCCAGAGGUUGGAGGAGAUCAAACAAACUUGGUUUUCCAUGGGAGCUUGAUUUCUUUCUUGAACUGGAAAAUAAUCGGAACGGAGCUGAAGAAAUGAAGCAAGGGAAGGAAUUGAACUUCCAGGUAGAGACCAUCAUGCUGUGCUGCUUACUAUGUGGAUCAGGAAUGAUAGUAGGGAUGAUCAUUGGCUUCUAUAUGAAGCCAUAUGUUGGGCCUGCUGAUUAUGAGUAUCUGCCCACAACAUAUUUGGCCCUAACACCAGCCAUUCCUCCUCCUUGUCCUGCUUCUUCAAGUUCAUCACCAGCCCUACUCAAAGAGUGGAUUGCUCCCUCACAGCUGAUGCACUCGAUGACUGAUGAAGAGCUGAUGUGGCGCGCUUCGAUGGUGCCACGUGUUGCGGACUACCCACACAAAAGAGUUCCAAAGGUGGCAUUCAUGUUCUUGACAAGAGGCCCCAUUCCACUGGGGCCAUUUUGGGAGAAGUUCUUCAAGGGACAUGAUGGUCUUUUUUCCAUUUACGUUCACGGCCCGCCCUUGUAUGACGUGGAGGCUUCUGAUUGCUCGGUUUUUUGCCGGAGGAGGAUCCCUAGCCAGGCCGUGCACUGGGGACGGUCAUCGAUGCUCGACGCGGAGCGGCGCCUGCUAGCCAACGCGCUGCUCGACUUCUCCAACCAACGGUUCGUGCUGGUGUCCGAAUCCUGCAUCCCGUUGUUCAAUUUCUCGACGAUCUACGACUACCUUAUGGGCUCGAACCACUCCUUCGUCGGAGUCCUUGACGACCCAAGCAAAGCCGGCCGGGGGCGCUACAGCCAACGAAUGUGGCCGGACGUUAGGCUUUCCGACUGGCGGAAGGGCUCGCAGUGGUUCGAAGUCGACCGGAAACUGGCCGUAGAGAUUGUCUCCGACCGGAAAUACUACGCCCUGUUUAGAGACCAUUGCACACCGCCCUGUUACGUCGACGAGCACUACCUGCCCACACUCGUGAGCAAACAUUAUGGCUCGGUCAACGCCAACCGGAGCCUGACUUUCGUUGACUGGUCCAGGGGCGGGUCGCACCCGGCGACGUUCGGGCGCAAGGAUACGACGGUCAGGUUGCUGAGGCGGAUGAGGUCCACGGGUCGGUGCGGGUACAGUCUCAACAGCAGAUCCGUUUGUUUUCUCUUCGCUAGGAAAUUUUCUCCCACUGCACUUGCACCUUUGAUGCGGAUCGGGCCACUUCUCAUGGCCUUUGAUCCAUGAUAUUAUUUGCAUCUAUGUCUUUCUUACCCCGAAUCAAAUCGUUGUUCUUUCAUCCAGAGUGCUGAUUUGAAUGUUGAGAGUGACUUGGGGAUU